CAAGAAUCAUUUGUUUGUCUUUCAGUUUUUGUCAGUGAAGUGUUCGACGAGCAAGCUGCAGUAAACGUCAUUGGAGGAGAUGAAGACACAGCAAAGAAAACUUUGUUGAGGCUCAAGAGAAAAUCGUUGGUUGAGGCAAAUUCCUCCGAAGCAGGACUGUUUUCUUUUCACCCUUUGAUCAAGUCAUUUGGUUCCGAAAAAGCGGCUAAUGACAUGAAAGAAAUUGCUCGCGAAGCACAAAGGCGAUUCCUGAGUUAUUACGUCAAGUUGUUUGAAGAUUUAAACAACCAGUUUCUGGCUGGAAAUUCUCUGCUUGCAUUUCACGAUUUCGAAUUUAACAAAAAAAAUAUGGUGCAUACUCUCUCAGAAGGUCUUCAAAAUGAGGCUGUCUGCCACGCAAUUUUCGAUGUUCUUUCCGAUGCGGAUUUAUUUCUGGACACUAUUUUCUACUUUCAAGAUGACCGGAUUUUUCAAGAAAUUUAUGAAUUAGCAAUAGCGAAGGCAAAAGAGCAGCGUAAAUUUAAAGCUGUCCACCAACUGCUAAUUGCUAAAGCUUUUGCUCAGAUAAACUGGUAUAAUGGAGCUGCAUUGCCAUUACUAAAAGAAGCUGAAGAAAUAGAGAAGAAAAAUCUUCUCCUUCCUUCAGAAGUUCCCAUGGGAAAACGAAUGUGUUACCAUGGUAUUCAGUUGCUAAUGAAUAAAGCGAUAGCGAAAGGAGGCAAAAUGAUUGAAACAGGGAUAUCUCUGUUCAGUUCUGAAAAUAGUGUACUUAAAAUUUUAUGCACCCAGAUUCUUGCUUUUAUUACUCCUCACGAACAAAAGUCUUCCUACUACAGGAACAUUGUUUUAACUGAAUGCGCUAACAGACCAUCCUUGUAUGCUUUCUUCAAAGCUAUACAAGAAGAUGAUUGCGCUGACGAGAAUGAGGAUGGAAACCCAAAAGCUGUAAGUCAACCGCUCAUUUUGCCGCUUGCUCUUCUCUUCAACGACAUUGCGGAAUGCUAUGACAUGAAGGAGGUAAUGUUUAAACUUGGUUUGCCCGUCUCCAAGUUACAGAAAGAAAUCGAAGCGGAAGCUCAGAAUGACCGUCUAUACUUGCCAUUACUCUUCGUCGUUGAAACCACCCUGGCAAAUGUAAAAAUAGAGCAAGAGAGUCCAGCAGCGAUGCAGCUCGCUCUUGAUAAUUUUAUAGGAGAAUAUGGUCGGCUAAACCCGGAUACAGCCGCAAGGUACUAUAACAUUGGAUUAAUUUUAUACGAACAGAAGAAGUAUGACGCUGCUUUGACAUGUUAUUACGAAGCACUAGACAUCAGACUAAAGCUUUAUGGGCACAACCAUGCAGAUACCGCCGACAGCUUUUACCAGAUUGGAAGAACCCAACUUGCGAAAAAAGAUUACAAGUCAGCACUGCAAUCGUUCGAGCAAGCACUUGAUAUCAGACAAAAAGUUCAUGGGAAAGUCCACUCAGACGUUUCCUCUACUUGUAAUCAGAUUGGAAUGACAAAGUAUCGCUUGAACGAAUACGAUUCAGCUCUGCAUUGGCACCAGCAAGCCCUAGGUAUUAAGAUAGCGCUCUAUGGAAAGGAACACGCAUCCUCCGCUAACAGCUACUCCUGGAUUGCAAAUUGUCUGUACCAAAUGCAAGAUUAUGAUUCUGCUUCGGAGUCACAUCAACAGGCACUUGAUAUCAGACUAAAGCUUUAUGGGCACAACCAUGUAGAUACUGCGAAAAGCUAUUACGAGAUUGGAAGAGCUCAACUUGAGAAAGAAGAUUACAAGUCAGCACUGCAAUCGUUCGAGCAAGCACUUGAUAUCAGACAAAAUCUUUAUGGGAAAGUCCGCCCAGACGUUUCCUUCGCUUGUCAUCAGAUUGGAGUGACAAAGUAUCGCUUGAAAGAGUACGAUUCAGCUCUGCAUUGGCACCAGCAAGACCUGGAUAUUAGCGUGGCGCUGUAUGGAAAGGAACACCCAGACUCCGCUACAAGUUACUACUGCAUUGCAGAAUGUCAGUGCGAAAUGCAAGAUUAUGAUUCUGCUCUGGAGUCAUGUCAACAGGCACUUGAUGUCAGGUUAAAACUUUUUGGACAGAAGAGCCAAGCUACAAGCGGCAGUUAUGACCAACUGGAAUUUAUACAAAGUCUAAAGAAAGUUUGCCAAUCAUCUCUCGAGGUACAGAGCAAAAAUUCUUGA